AUGCCAAUUCUGGAACCAAUCGAGGCGAACACAUCGGCUCCAUCGACCACCACAUCUUCAGGCCAACAGCAGUCGGUGACGUCUGGUGCUAAGAGCGGAAUAGUAGCUGAGAACACGCCUGACUCGGCAUCAGCAACAAAAACGACUUCAGUUCAUCUGGAAGAUGAGGAUAUUGGAUUCGAAGAGAACAUCCUCCGGAAUCCGUAUUCGUUGCGAUGUUGGGUGCGUUAUAUCGAACACAAGAAGAAGUGCAAGGCACCAUUGAAACAAAUCAAUAUGGUUUAUGAGCGAGCUCUGAAAGAAUUACCAGGAAGUUAUAAACUUUGGUAG